GUCUCAAGGGUGAGCACCAAAUGGCAAAUGGCAAAUAGCAAUGCAAUACCCUCCCUCUCAUUAAAGCCAUAUAUCCAACUCAACUUACUAUCAACUUCUCUCCAUUAUUUCUCCUUUUUCUUUAAGCCAAAUUGGAAAAGAGAACUUAAUUCCCACUUCUCUCACUCUCAAAGCAAUGUUCCACUCCUCUGUUUUCUUUCUCUCCUUCACUUUCCUUUUACUUGGCAGCAUACCGGUUUUGAUUGCCAAUCCGGAUUUGCCCGAUCCAGAACCCAUUUCAGUCCAGAGCCAGAGCCAAGCAUUGUCCACCCCAUCAACGAUUCCGGCGUUCCCUGAGCAGUCCAACAUUGCCGCCUGCCCGCUGGACCUCACGGAGGAGCUCUUCCGCGGGAUCAAAUCAGCUUGCGGGUCGAAUCCUCUCCACCGGACCCGGUGCUGCCCGGUACUCGCAGCCUGGCUCUACUCCGCCUAUUCAACAACUGCCCUCCAAAGGGCAACCUCCAAGAUCCCUCAGACGACGACGUUUGACAUGCCGGUGCUCCCGGAUGACUCCGAGACCUGCGUCGACUCUCUGGAGAAGGCUCUUGGGAAUAAAGGCAUUGAAUUGGUGAAGCCCAACCAGACCUGUGACUUAGUUUACUGUUACUGUGGCAUUAGGCUUCACCCUUUGAGCUGCCCGGAAGCUUUCUCCAUGAAUUCCCAUGGCCAAUUGGUGGGCCAUGAGACUGUGAACAGAUUGGAAACUGAUUGCUUCAGUAGUUCUGCAAAUGGCUAUUCUAGCCUUGCCGGCUGCUCCAAGUGCUUGAAUAGCUUGUAUCUGCUUAGCAAGUCUGAAGCGAGCAGCAGAAGCAAAUCAGACGAAAGAGGAAGCAAAAUGCGCACCAGAGAUUGCCAGCUGAUGGGUCUAACAUGGCUUCUCAACAAAAACCGAGCUGGUUAUAUUCACACAGUCUCUGCAGUUCUGAGGGCGCUGAUGAUGAGCACCAACGGCUCUGAUCCCUUGUCGUGCACCCUCAACAGCGAUGGUAUGCCUCUCGCCGUUGACUCCUCAGAAUUUUACGAUCAAUCUUCAUCAUUCACUCUGCAAAUAUCACAUUACACCUAUAUUGUACCUCUGCUUCUGCUAUACUGUUCUGUCACAAUUCAGUUCUCCAUAUAUUAGCAAAUCACCAUGAGUAGCUAGCACUACCUCUACAGCAACGUACUACGGUGAUCGAAUUUGUUUCUAUUACAUUAUAUUGUUUAUUCUUGUUAGUGAGAUUGUAAUCAGGCAACAAUUGUAGAUCUGCCAUUGGACCAAAGUUGCACUUUUACAAUGCUUUUUCUUUUAGGUAUUGGCCCAAAGUCGUGAGCAUAUAUCACCAACA